AAAAAAUUGAAGUAUUUCUUAAUUUCUGUUAAAGUAACAACUUUUAAUUCAAACCAAAUUAGGUUCAAAUAAUCUGUGAUAUAUUACCAUAUUUGACAAAAAGUUAUAAAUUUGAACUACUUAACGCAGUUUCUUUUUAAAAGUUUCAAGUCUGUAGAUAAUUUUAAAUUUUUUUUUUUUUGCGCUAAUAAAACAUUUCAAGUAGUCGAAAUGUCUUCACUUAUGUUGUCGCACGAACAAAGAGCUCAUGGGCCGUGGGUUAAAUUACAGUCUGAGCCAAAAUUAUUCACCGCAUUAAUGUAUGAUUUGGGUGUAAGAGGAGCUCAAGCUACAGAAGUUUUUGUACUUGAUGAUACGCUCGAUUUUGACGAUUUGGGCGAAAUAUAUGGAUUCGUGUUCCUUUUCAGGAUGAUGGGAGAUGUUAAAAAUCUAUACAAAGACGAGGAAUAUACACCUGUCGAAAAUCCAAGUAAUGUUUAUUUCGCAAAUCAGGUCAUUGAUAAUGCUUGUGCAACUUUGGCAAUGUUGAAUAUAGCUUUAAAUAACCCGCAAAUGGAACUUGGUGAUGAUUUAAAAGAAUUUAAAGAAUUUACGAAAGAAUUCUCUCCUCCUAUGAAAGGUUUCGCGAUAACGAAUCAUCCAGCAUUCCGUUUAAUCCAUAAUUCAAUGGCAAGGCAUCCUGAAGAAGCCCUGGUUGUAGAAGAAGCUAUUGGUAAAUCUAAUUCUGCAGAAGAUGAACCUGCUGAAGCGUAUCAUUAUAUUGCUUAUGUUCCUGUUGAUGGUGAAGUUUGGCAGCUAGAUGGUUUAUAUCCGCAUCCUGUAAGCGUUGGAAAAUAUACAGAUAAGAAAAAAUGGUACGAUGCUGCACGCGAAGUUAUGCGAACACGUACACAAGGAUUCUAUAAAGAACAAGUUAAUUUUGUUCUAUUAGCGAUAACAAAAGAUCAAUUAGGUAGAAGGAAAGAGAGAGUAAAGGAAUGUUUAUAUCUCAAUAGAAUUGUUGAAGCAAGGUUGAACGAAUUAAAUCGUGAAUGGAGAGCUGCAAUUGUUGAUGAACCAACCAUCGAUGAAGUCUUAACUACGGAUGAAGAAGAAAAAAUUAAUGAACAAGAUGGUAUUAAAAAAGAGAUUGAAGAAUUCGAUUCUAAUAGAGAUAAUAUAAAUAAACUCGUACAAUUACGAACAAAGUGGGUUGAUGAGAUUCGUCUUUUACAAAAAUCCAUUGAACGAGAAAAUAAAUUGAAGCAGAUGGAAAAAACACGUCAAUCAUUUGAUUAUGGUCCAUUUAUUCGAGAAUAUGUUUCUAUUUUACAUGAACGUGGUGAAUUAAAAGAAUUGUUGAAUAACGCUGAAGAAGAGGAAUGUGAAAUAGUUUUCUAACUAAUAUAUUAUUAUAUCAUUUUAUCAUGAAAUAUCAGUCACAAGACCAAAUGAUCGGAUGAUGAAGGACCAUGUGAUCACGUAGUCAAUCUCUCAUCCAAUAAGUGUGAUCAUUAGGGAAUUUA